AUUGCUAACUUUAUAAUGAACCUGUUUUGAAAACAAAGACAAUGUAAAGAGACUGGACUGGGAGGCUUUGUUUUGGAGAAGUAGCGACCGGCUUUUUUUUCGGGAAUGUUGUGAAAGACAGGGGAGUGAAAUAGUGGUUCAGGACAGCAUGAAAUGAAAACAACGACAAAACGACACGGGCAGAGUGUAACUAUACAGUAUAGGUAUAAGAACUGGUUUGUCCAGAAAUAUUGACCUUUACUUGAUACGGGACCCCCUUACAAAGUAAAUACAGCUAAGUUACUGUUACGCUCAGCAGUGUUUAGAUGCAUCGUCGCGUUCAAAUGCAUAGGCAUACCUUCUUAUGUUAUUGUCUGUAAAACCAGCCGAUAAUGUUUUGUCUGGAUGCAUACCAGGAUGCUCUGAGUAAGCUGAAGGACCUGGCCCAUCUUAAGAACCAGCUGGAGGACAUCCAGAAACGAGUGGAGGAGGAGGUGCAGGCAGGGAUACCACAGGGUGGAUCUUUGUUGGCCUCUCCCUUCCUUAAGGGAUUUCUGGCUGGCUAUGUAGUAGCAAAGCUACGCUCCUCUGCUGUGAUGGGUGUGUUAAUAGGAACAUGCACAGGCAUCUAUGCUGCACAGAGCUUUGAUGUCCCUAAUAUAGAAAAGACCGUCAAGGACUAUUUCAACUCCAUUAAGAAAGGACCGAACUAGAGGA